AAUAAAAAAAAAAGACACGUGUGAAAAAUGUGUAAAAUUUAAAGCACUUAAAAAAUUAAUAAAAAAAUCAGAAAAAGAAGAUUGAAGAGGAAAAGUGUGAAAGGGAAAAGAAAAAAAAAGCGUGGGGUGAUGCGAGGUAGCAGUUCAGAGUUGCUGCUGGACGCGAGCGGGCAGAGCCACCGAACGACGACGACGGGGACCCUGACGGCGACGACGACGAUCCACAAUUUGUACAGCGGGCUGAACCACCACAGCCAGAGCAGCGGCGGAAUCUACGACAAGCAGGAACAAUCGGAGCUCCGUCGUCGCAAGCUGUUGGAGCUCGGGUUCGGAGCUUCCAGGCGGCAGCCGCCGAGGCGGACUUGCCGUCAAAGGUUCAACUUCUACGCGACCUCGGCCCUAGCACUGGUUGCGACCUCGGGCGGAGCCGCCCUCCUCUUCCUGGUCCCGCUGUACGUGGACCCCGCGAUAAGCACCCUCGCCGCGGACUUCUCGCCGCAUCCUGUUCUGUGCACCACUCUCAAGAGGGAGGAGAUCCUCGGGAUCUUCAACUGCACCUGGAGCUCCUGUAGGGAGGGCUGCACCAGUGAUGUUUAUAGAUGCACUCAUAUUUAUGUUACUUACUCGCCAGAACUCAAUUUUACUAACGCCAGUUUGUGGAGUGAAGAUAUUUACGAUGGUCUACCAGAAGUGGAAGCAGUUCUGAAGGUUAAUAUAAAAGGAUGUGGUUACCCGCCGGUAGUUGAUUGUGAUAAUUUCACCCGAGAGCUUGGAUACGAGGGCGCUAGAUUUCCUUGCCACUACAGCCGCGUUAAUGGCAGCAUAGUGAUGGCGAAUUACAAUCGCGAGGCGCAACUAGAAAUAAUAAUCCACUUUUUUGCGGCGCCCUUUGUAGUGACACUUGCCACGAGUGUUGCACUCUGUGUUAUGCACUGUGAUUGCCGGUGCGUGGCACCCUCCCCUCGGCAUGCACGUGGUAUGAGAAAAAUACGUACUAAUAACCUCAGCGAUCAAUCGAUAAGCAAUAGAGUGGACCGAAGAGGACAUCAUGCCCACUGCGACUGCGGAGAAGUGACACGGCCGUUAUGACGAAGGGAGGAAACGACUGAAAGUGUAUUAGCAACAUCUCAGUCGGAUCUUUAAUGUUAGACAUUAAUGAAUAAUUAUUUAUUUAUCAAAUAAUUAAUAACUUCGAAGCUGCUAUUUUGGAUAUAUGAAACUAAACGCUGUCUUGAUCUUCCACUUGGAUUAAGAAACUAUCGAGUAGUUUAAGUUAUGUAUAUUUAUUAAUUAACUAAUUAACUAACUAAUUGAGUGAUUAAAUUAUUAAUGAGGGAGUACUAUUACGACUCAAUAGUCGAUAGAGGAUUAUUAUUAUUCCUGUAAUGUUAUAUUGCUGUUGAUGAAAUUGAAUGAUUGAAUUAGGAGCAUUUAUACAGAAAAACAUUAAUUUGAUUG